CCCCGUGCCUGAGUAAAGUUCGUUCGCGGCUCUCGCGAGACGACAGUGCGCGCGCGCAUUCCCCUCCGCCUUUCCUCUUCUCAUCGCUUGAAAUCUCGCGGGGGAGGGCUCAGGUUGGCUCUCGCGAGAAGCAGCCGUUAUCUCGCGAGAGUUGGCGGGUGCCCCCCUUGGCCGCGGAGCCGUUUCGCUUUGGGAAGUGAGCGGGGGGCGCUGGGGCCGGGCCGGGGCGGCGGGGCCUAGGGCCGCGCGGUGGGGCCCGGUGCUGAGGGUGGGGACAGGGCGGGAGGGGACAGGGCGGGAGGGGAGGGAUCGUGGGCCCAGGUCCCGCCUUCCCGGGGCUCCCCCCGCGGCGGUGCUGCCCUCCGGGCCUGGGCCCCUCGGAUGAGGCGUUGAGGCCCGGUGCCCUUCCCCGCCCCUCCCGGUUCCGCUCCCUGUUCUCCUCUUCCGCCCCGCGCUCUCCGCCCCGCUCCCCAUGCAGCAGGGGGUGCCGGCGGCAGGGGGGCGGUGAAUGGUGCGAACAGAGGGCGCUGAGGGAGUUUGAAGUUCGGGGGUUUUGGAGGAGUGCUCCCCCUCCCCCUGUCCGAGCACAGUGGAGGAGGAAUGCCAAACCCGGAGAGACAUGGGGGCAAGAAGGAUGGGGGCGGCGGGGGGGCCUCGCAGCACGCGGCGGGCAGCGGCAGCUCCAACAGCAAGGAGAGGCACCGGCCGGCUUCCAGGCACAAGAGGCACAAGUCCCGGCACUCCAAGGAGUCACCAUUGGCGGCCCAGGAGACGGCGGCACCCCUGGGCGCUGUGAUCAAACCGCUGGUGGAGUACGAUGACAUCAGUUCGGAUUCGGACACCUUCUCGGAUGAUGUGGCCCUCAAGUUGGACAGGAGGGAGAACGAGGAGAGGAAAGCGGACCGGAGCGAAAGGACGCAGAAGCACCGGCACCACCAGCACAAGCGCAUCCGUGAGCUGAUGAAGAGCAAACAGGCAGAGAAAGAGAGGAAGUUGGAAAAGAACCUGGAGGCCUCCAGCAGGUCCAGGUCUACCAAGGACAGGGUAUCGGGAUCCUCCAAGAGACUGCUUGAAAGCGAGGAGCACCCGAAGGCGCUGUCCUCAAAGAGCAGCAACAAGGAGUCCCGCUCAGCCAAAGCGCACAAAGAGAAGUCCAGGAAGGAUCGGGAGCUCAAGUCCAGCCACAAAGAGCGCAGUAAAAGCCAUCGGAAAAGGGAUGCUCCCAAAAGUUAUAAAACCGUUGAUAGUCCAAAACGGAAAUCCAGAAGUCCCCACAGAAAAUGGUCGGACAGCCCUAAAUUGGAUGACAGCCCUUCUGGAGCUUCCUACAUCCAGGAGUAUGACCUCAGUCCGCCCCGCUCUCAUACGUCCAGUAACUACGAUCCCUACAGGAAGAGCCCCGGCGGCUCAUCACGUCGGCAGUCCAUCAGCCCACCCUACAAGGAACCCGUGGCCUACCAGUCCAACACGCGGUCUCCCAGUCCCUACAGCCGGAGGCAGAGGUCCAUAAGCCCCUACAACAGGAGGCGCUCCUCGAGCUAUGAGAGAGGGAGUGGAUCGUACAGCGGGCGCUCACCGAGUCCCUAUGGCCGAAGGCGCUCCAGCAGCCCUUUCACCGCCAAGCGCUCCAUGAGCCGAAGCCCCAUAGCCAGGAAGUCUGUGAAGUCCCGAAGCCGAAGCCCGGGAUAUUCAAGACACUCAUCAUCUCACAGCAAAAAGCAGAGGUCUGGCUCGCGCAGUCGCCAUUCCAGUAUAUCACCCACGAGGCUGCCCCUGAACUCCAGUCUGGGGGCAGAGCUCAGCAGGAAGAAAAAGGAACGAGCAGCAGCGGCAGCAGCGGCUGCGAAGGUGGAUGGGAAGGAGGCGAAGGGCUCCCCUGUUUUCCUGUCUAAGAAGGAGAACAGCUUGGCUGAACUUAAGGAAUCUGGAACAGAAUCUAAAAAGGUCAUCAAAACUGUUAGGUCUGAAAAAUCAUCUUCAGAUACAGAAUUAGUGAAUUUACUGUGUUCAAAUGCAGAGACUAAAGCACCUGCAGAGACGACGAAAACCAAGGCGGAGGAGAACUCGGACAGGAAACAUCCCGUUCCAGUUAGAGAUUCAAAACAGCCGGGAACAAAAGACUUGAAGCCUGUAGCAGUGACAGAGGACCUUCGAUCUCCAAAGGAGAUGGACACAGCAGAGAAGGAGAUUCCACCCCCGCUGCCCUCGAUAAAAUCACCUCCUCCACCUCUGCCGACAACCACACCUCCGCCUCCGACUCCACCGCUGCCACCUUUGCCUCCGUCACCUGCCGUUCCGCCUUUGCCUCCAUCCCAGCAUACUCCCGUUCAGGUCCCUCCUUCAGCCCCAACGUCUUUGCCAUCUUCUUCCCACCCAAGGACGUCUACUUUAUCCUCUCAGGUGAACUCCCAGUCCUCUGUCCAAGCCGCUACAAAAACACAAGCGUCUGUCACGGCUGCUAUCCCACACCUGAAAACUUCAACGUUGCCUCCGCUUCCGCUCCCCCCUAUUUUAGUUGGGGAAGAUGACUUGGAUAGUCCAAAAGAGAUUCUUCCUCCAAAACCUGUGAAGAAAGAUAGAGAGCAGAGACCACGACACUUACUCACGGACCUCCCGCUCCCUCCAGAGCUCCCUGGAGGGGAUCCAUCUCCUCCUGACUCCCCGGAACCAAAGGCAGCCACACCACCUCAGCAACCCUUCAAAAAGAGACCAAAAAUCUGUUGUCCUCGGUAUGGGGAAAGGAGACAGACAGAAAGCGACUGGGGGAAGCGUUGUGUGGACAAGUUUGAUAUCAUCGGGAUUAUCGGAGAGGGGACGUAUGGGCAGGUGUACAAAGCCAAGGACAAGGACACAGGUGAAUUGGUAGCUCUCAAGAAGGUGCGACUGGACAAUGAGAAGGAAGGCUUCCCCAUCACGGCCAUCCGCGAGAUCAAAAUCCUUCGGCAGCUGAUCCACCGCAGCGUUGUUAACAUGAAGGAAAUCGUCACGGACAAACAAGAUGCACUGGAUUUCAAAAAGGACAAAGGUGCCUUUUACCUUGUAUUUGAGUACAUGGACCAUGACCUAAUGGGGCUGCUAGAAUCUGGCUUGGUACAUUUCUCAGAGGACCAUAUCAAGUCUUUCAUGAAACAGUUAAUGGAAGGUCUGGAUUACUGUCACAAAAAGAAUUUCCUUCAUCGAGAUAUUAAGUGCUCCAACAUCUUGUUGAACAACAGUGGGCAAAUCAAACUUGCAGAUUUUGGACUUGCCCGACUCUACAGCUCGGAGGAGAGCCGUCCAUACACGAAUAAAGUCAUUACAUUAUGGUAUCGACCUCCAGAAUUGCUGCUAGGUGAGGAGCGUUACACGCCAGCCAUAGAUGUGUGGAGCUGUGGCUGUAUCCUCGGGGAACUGUUUACAAAGAAGCCUAUUUUUCAAGCCAAUCUGGAACUGGCUCAGCUUGAAUUAAUCAGCCGGCUCUGUGGGAGCCCCUGUCCGGCAGUGUGGCCCGAUGUCAUCAAGUUGCCCUACUUCAACACUAUGAAACCGAAGAAGCAAUACCGAAGGCGCCUGCGUGAGGAGUUCUCCUUCAUUCCUUCGUCUGCUCUCGACCUGCUGGACCACAUGCUGACGCUAGACCCUGGCAAGCGCUGCACAGCAGAGCAGGCCCUGCAGAGUGACUUCCUUAAGGAUGUUGACCUCAGCAAAAUGGCACCUCCAGACCUUCCCCACUGGCAGGAUUGCCACGAGCUGUGGAGCAAGAAACGGCGACGGCAGCGGCAGAGCGGGAUUGCAGUGGAGGAGCCACCGUUAUCAAAAGUUUCUCGGAAAGAAACUACCUCUGUUACAAGCACAGACACUGUCAAAAACAACAGCAGUCCUGUGCACCCACAGCCUGCCCAGCUCAAAACAGAGGCUGGUGCUGCAGAUGCAGUAGCAGGCCUUGGAGAAAUCACCCAGCAGCUGAAUCAGAGUGAACUAGCUGUUUUACUGAACUUGCUGCAGAGCCAGACUGAUUUGAGUGUCCCACAGAUGGCCCAGCUGUUAAAUGUACACUCUAACCCAGAGAUGCAGCAGCAGCUGGAGGCUCUCAACCAGUCCAUCAACGCUCUGACAGAAGCCACAACUCAGCAGCAGGAGUCUCAGGCAGCAGCAGCAGAGGAAGCCAUAGAAGAGCCACCCACGGAGGCCCAGCCACCGGAGGAGCAGGUGACUCCAGAAGCAGCCGGUGCUCAGGGAGACAUGCAGAACGUGCUGGCCGUUCUGCUCAGUCAGCUGAUGAAGAGCCAGGAGCCGGUUAUAACCCUGGAGGAGAGCAACGGGGAGAAGAGCAGCGAGCAGCGGGGGCCGAGAAAAACCCCUACAGUGCAUCAGGAGGAAAGUACAGCAUGUCCUCCUCGCGUUCUCCCACCAGAGAAGAGGCCCCCCGAGCCCCCGGGACCGCCGCCGCCGCCGCCUCUCUCCGAAGCAGACCUCUCCAGCGCAGCCCCGGAGCUGAACCCGGCCGUGACCGCUGCUCUGCUGCAGCUCUUUUCCCAGCAAGAGGAGUCGCUGAGCCACGCCGAGCACCAGCCCGCCCGCUCCGCCGACUACGGCAGGUCCCACUCGUCCAGGACUUACAGCGCCGAGGGCUCUGAUGGGGGAUUCGGGGCCGAGGAGCUGAACUCUGGCCAGACGCUGCUGGAACCCUCUGCCCAGACUCUGGGGAAAAGCAGGACCUUCUUGGGCUCCGUGAGCCACCUCGGGGAGACGAGCAAUUACCAGGGCAUGGGCUCUGUCCAGUUCCCAGGGGACCAGGACCUCCGCUUCACCAGAGUCCCCGUGGCGCUGCACUCGGUCGGGCAAUCCUUCAGCAAAACCGAGGGGAGCAACAACACGCUGGUACACCCGGAGGCCAAAAUUCAAACCUACAACGAGCUGGGUGCGGGGACGGCCGGUUCCAGUGGGGCAGGAACCGGGCACGGUUGGGGAGCCCCGGCCCAGGCUGCGCCCUACGGGAAGGCGUUCCGCGGGCCGGGCCGGGUGCCCCCGCGGGGGGGCCGGGGCCGGGGGGUUCCUUACUGAUGCUCAUCCUCUGCCGUCGCCUCCCUCCCUCGCUUCCGACCGUAGCGACGUGAUGUUGGCCAGGGCCGGCUCUCGGCCGCGCUCGGCUGCUGCAAAGCUCUCUGUUGCAUCCCUCGCUCGCCCGGUGCCUCGCUGCAGUGCGCCGGCCAGACCUCUCGUGCUUGGUUAGCGACAAUAAAACGGCGCUGAGCUUCCUGCCCUGAGCCAGCAGAUGGUGGGGGAGCUGUUGAAAAUGGGAUGAACGGAACGAACCCGCCGCGGGGGGGGGAAGGAGGAAAUAAAGCAACGAGGCGAGCGGGGCAGCGGUGCGGCGCGCAGGGAGGAGCGGGGCAGGGUUCAGGUAGGGCCAGGGGACAGCCUGGUUCCCAAAGCAGAUUUCUUUCCUUUGUUUUUUUUUUUUUUUUAAAUCCCCUUUAAAAGAAAAAAAAAAUAGAAUAAAAAAUAAAAACGGAGCUGUUUGCUGCAGGGACACCCGGCUCGGGCU